AACGCGUGAAGUGUUUCAUCAGAAAUAGCGUGAAACGCGAUCUCAUCAAGUUUCCUAGCGAAGAUUACAUCAUUAUUAAACAAUGCUUCAAGGUACGAGUGUCCAUGACGUCAUGCACCGUGAGCAAACAUCAUCUGUGACAUUUAUCGAGGUUCGGCAUCAAAUUGCAUGCAGCGUUACUAACGACAAUGGUAACGACUAAACAAUAAUGGCAAUAAGAUGGUGGUUGUUCUUCUUCGCCAAUUCUCAACUCGUUCAACAUACUUUGUCAGUAAAUGCAGCGUUUCAGAAACAAGUUGACGCCGUGCCUUCGUGUGGCGUGGGGGAAAGCGAACUUUUCUACCACAUAUCUCAAGCGACGCUGUUACCAUUUAGACGGAAUAUCUCGACAUGUAAUCAGAAUGUUACCGACUUUGCAUACCCACCCGAAGCGAUCGUAGAUGAAAACUACGCAACAUUAUGGCAAGCUGAAGGUGGCAAAGAUAAGGCAGUCAUUACAAUCGAUCUUACCGGCAUCAUUCAAAAGUUUUACUUCGUCAAAUCCAUCACGAUAUCUUUUGGUGAUUACUUCCGUCCAGGACAGAUUGCGUUCUACAAAAAAACAGGCAAUAAUUCGUUCACACCGUGGCACUUUUUAGUCACUGAACAAGAACAAUGUGACGAAGUGUAUGGCAAGCCUUACAAAACGAUACCAGCCACAAAUGAUGAUGUGUUAUGUACAAUAUACCAGACUGGUGCAUUUGAAACCAAUGAAAACGUUACUAUUGGUUUAGAAGGAGGUCGUGGAACGAUCAUUCUAAAUGGCGAUGAUACACGUCUCAACACUGUCCUUUUGGACUGGAUGAACGCCACUCAAGUAGAAUUGCGAUUUUCUGAGUUAAGAUUUUAUCCUGAUCGUUUGGCCGACCGAUGGCGUCAUUACAGUGUUCGCGAGAUCACCGUGGAAGGAUAUUGUCAUUGUAACGGUCAUGCAGAUGGCAUUCAUUGUCCUUACAAUCAUGCCCUCCUCGACAGGCAAUGUAUAUGUCAAGAAGGGACCUGUGGGGAUCAAUGUGGGUUUUGUUGUCCCGCUUACAACCAGUAUCCGUAUAAAACCGGCAGGCUGGGUCCGUUUACGGCUGACAAAAGUGCAGCAUGCGAAAAGUGCAACUGUUACAAUCACUCUGAUGUUUGUGUAUAUAACGAGACAAUCGCGAAGAAUAAUUGUACGUAUGAAAAAAAUGCUACUAAUGAUGAAUGCAGCAUGAACAUCAAUGGUUUAUAUCGUGGCGGAGGUGUUUGUGUUGGUUGUAAGGAUAACACCGAAGGAACCAAUUGUCAACGAUGCAUAACAAAAUUUUACCGUAAAAAAGGAAAAAAUCACGCGGAGAAAGAUGCUUGUCGACCUUGUAACUGCUUUGUAAAUGGCACGAGCAACUCAACAAAAAAUGGCGUUGAAUAUUUGGACUGUGUUCGAGACGAAGAAGAAUCCAUUGACAUUGGUGAUUUGGCUCCUGGUCAAUGUCUAUGCAAGAACAAGACAACUGGAUUACAAUGUGAUCGCUGUAUUGAUGGAUAUUAUAACUUAACUGGUGACAAUCCUCAGGGAUGUUUAGCAUGUCUAUGUACAACUGACGGAACAGUGAAUGGCUCCAUCAAUUGCAAUAAUGAUGGCGUGUGUACAUGUAAACCGCUGGUGCUCGGUAAGAAAUGCAGCCUUUGUCGAAAGGGCACUUUUUAUUUGGCAUCUGACAACCAGAAUGGCUGUACUGAAUGCAUGUGUAGUAACAUCACUAAGAAUUGCACCAGUAGCACGAUGUACCGUAUUAAGAUUAAGUAUGGUUUGGUUGGUUGGAAUGCGUCUUCAGGUUUUGAUGGAUAUGUUUACCGCAAUAUUAUGAAUAUUAAGGAUGUGAUAGAUGGUCGUAUAGUUGACAUGAUGUCUGUCAAUAUCAGCGGUGGACAAUCUUUAUUCUGGAGAACACAAAAUAAUUAUUUUAAAGGAAAGAGUCUGGUCACAUCUUACGGUGGCUAUAUAAGUUUUGCGAGAAAAGUUUCUUCACGUGACAACAGCUCUCUAUCUCCUGAUAUUUUUAUAUCGAUUGAGGAACCACGAAACAUUUGCAUUAAGGCUAAUCUACCCCCAGUCAACUCUUCAGCACAAAGUCCUGAACUGGUAUCCAUAAAAAUGGUUGAGUCCGUUUGGAGACAUUGCAGUACGAAUAACGUCGUCGAUCGGCAGACAUUCAUGCUUGUUCUCUCAAGACCUGGAAGAAUGUGGAUUGCAGGCUCUUAUUUUCCAUUUGGAGUUGGAGUAUAUCAGACAAGUUUCGGUGAGCUUUAUAUCAGUGGGAUUUCUAACGUCUCAGAUGAAGAAAGUAUUAUUGCACGUGAUGUCGAGAAGUGUUUUUGUAGUGAGGCUUAUAAGGGAAUAUCUUGCGAGCGAUGUGCUCGAGGAUAUCGUCGAGUUAAUGUUAAAGAUCAUCCUUUCUUUGGGGAAUGUAUUCCUUGCACCUGCCAUGGUCAUACAUUAGACUGUGAUCCAGACACAGGAAGAUGUCUGGAUUGUCAACACAACACAACUGGCUUUAACUGUGCAGAAUGCCGAGCUGGUUUUUAUGGAAACGCGAGAAAUGGAACUGCAAACGAUUGCAACAAAUGUCCUUGUGAAUCACCAAAAACAACAACAGAUCUUUGCGUUAUGCUGCCGAAUGGAUCCGCUCAAUGUCUGAACUGUUCACAAGGUUAUGAAAAAAAUCUGGAAUGCAACAGAUGCGAACUUGGUUAUUUUGGGCGGCCCUUUUUGGAUGGUGGUAAAUGCAGGUUAUGUCAAUGUAAUAACAACUCUGAUGUUUGUAAUCUCGAGACUGGUAAUUGUAUGGCAUAUUGUAAUAACAACUCUACUGGUUGGCAUUGCGAGUACUGUGAAAACGGUACUUAUGGUGAUGCCACCAAGCAACAAUGUCGUGGAUGCACAUGUGACAGUACCGGUAGCUACAACAUUCCUUGUAACAUUACCACUGGUUUUUGUCACUGCAAGCCAAAUGUUCGUGGAUUCAAUUGCUCAGAGUGUGAAGAUAAUUCCUAUGGAUUCAAUUCCAGUGGUUGUACACAGUGUCAUUGUAAUAAAUUUGGAUCCAAGAACUUACAAUGCAAUGACAACGGUGUUUGCGAUUGUAAGAACCACACUCAUGGUGCAAAAUGUGAUAUGUGCAUGGAUUAUUUUUACGGCUUACCUAAUGCAACUUGUCAAGACUGUGCGUGCAACGUAACUGGAUCUAACAACACAAUAUGUAAUCACGUAUCAGGAAUUUGUUUGUGUAAAUCUGGGAUUGAAGGACGGCAAUGUGAUCGUUGUAAAAAACAACAUAAAGAUUUUUCUGACUCUGGCUGUGAACCAUGUCCGGCUUGCACAAUGAAACUGCAAGGUAUUAUGGAUGAUGCAACUACGUCUUUGAUGAUUUCAAAACACGAAGCAGAUCAGGCUAACGAGUCUAUCGAUUAUUUCACUGAACUGGAAAAUCUUGAAGCAAAAAUACCUGGCAUACACAAGCUUCAAGUAAAGCACACAGCUAUGAUAGAAAAUCUGGAGCAAUAUCGUAAUACCCUGACUAACACGACCCUUUUGACUACUAUCACGUAUCUGGAACUAAGGGAGCAAACGUUGAAAUCAGAAGUCAAAUCUCUUGAUAAUCAUUUGAAAUCGGAGUUGUUGAGAAUUGGAAAUAUCUCGAACCAAACAAAACAGAGUUUCGAGUUUUCUGAUGAUGUUAAGAGAAGAUCACUGAGUAUCGUUGAUAAGUUAUAUUAUUUAACUAAUGAAAGCAAUGUAAUCAACGAAUCAUCAUCAAAUGCUUCGAGAUACAUACUUCAUAGCAUCCAUGACGCAAAACAACAAACAUUACGUGCAAAAAAUUUGACGAAAAAAGUGAAAAUGAUCUCUAACAUGACUGCGAAUUUCGGAAUGUUACUGAUGAAUCAAACCAAAGUCAUUAAAGGAAGAUUUGAGGUUUUUGCUCAACUGUACGAUGAAUUAAAUCGCACUCAUGAGGAAUUGAAAAAGAAACAAGAACAACUGGAGAGGACGAAUAAUGAUUUAAAAUCACUUGAGAUUUUGACAAUGAAAACGAAUGCGACCAUUGAGAAUAUUGCUUUAUAUAUAAGAAAAACAACGCUGUUUAUUGAGCAGAGUAACACCUCUAUUGUAGAGGGUACACAAAAUUAUCUGAAUAUAACAGACACAGGAUUACCUAAGCUCAAUAGGGAUUUGAAAACUUUGAAGAUGGCUAUAGAACAUGUUAAUAUAUCAUACUGGAUUACUAAAGGCCUGCUGUAUAACGCUAGUCUUCAUGCUGAGAACUUAACAGCCCUGGCAGAUUUGUUGAAACGGAAUUUCGAGAGAGCUAAACGUCAUGGAGAGAAUGCACUGUCAGCAAUAAAUGAUUAUGAAAAAACAACAGAGACAGUCAACGAUGCCAUCAAAACUUCCAUCGAUGCCAGUAGAGCUGUGAAUGAAUCCAUUCAACGUAUCCAGAAUUUGACAAACACUGACAAAAGCUUUCUCGUACGAGCUUCAGAAUGUAGAAACGCAAGCAUUGCCUUGCUUAACGAGACUAAAAGUAGAAACAUAAAUGUAACAGAAUUGAGUGAUAUCCUUUCAAAAACACGUCAUCUUUUCAGCUCUGCCAACCAUACCUGCUACAAUGUGGCUAAAUACACGAGUAUAUUUGAAGCCAAACGAACAAUGAUAAUCUAUUUUGCUGCAAGUGAAGGUCCUGUGAUCAAUAACUCUCUUCAAAAUGCCAUCUUAAACGUUGAGAGGACAAGAAAAAUAUCUGACAACAUUGAACUGCAGUCCAUUGAUUUGAAGAAGAGAUUGGCUGUUGCCAAUAAGACUUUACGCGUCAUCGACAAUUACAUUUUCAAUUCGACACGAUUGAUGAACGAUAUUUCUUUGACAAACAAUCAAACGCAACUAAUGUUAGCAAAUAUAUCAAGAAGUGUUAACUUGACUAAGAACAUAAAGCGUGAAAACGACCUAGCCGAAAUUGCACUGCGCAACAAGACUGCCAUCUUGGAAGAGAAGCUGAAGGAGGCAAAAGAGAAGGUGGCCCGAUUCCGUCUUGCAAUGAGAUUACGUGGCAAUACCUCGGUGAAAUAUCGCCCUACUACUAGAAUGUUAACCAAUCCAUUAUUGAACAUUAUCUCACUUGACUUCAAGACGAACGAAUCCAGUGGUCUUCUUCUGUACAUGUCAUCUAAUUCCAACAACACUGAUCAGAGUCUUUCAUUGAAACUAGUUAUUAAUCGUGUUCGUUUUACAUACAAUCUUGCUUCCGCGCCAGUUGUGAUAACAAAUUGGGAAGUUCCAAUCUUACAUGAUACUUGGUUUCGUGUAUAUGCCACACGGUAUGGAGAGGAAGCACGAUUGACCGUCACAAAUUUACACAACAACUUCUCCAGAACAUAUGAAGGACCUUCGAAGAAAUUCCUGAAUGCUUCAUUGCCUUUUGAUAUGAAUAGUGUGGUGCUCCUUGGUGGAGUUCCUCCGACAAUUGAGCAAUUCAACUCAACGAAGCGAUUUUUUGAUGGUGACUUGGAUAAUCUUGUGUUAAACGAAGAUCCAGUCUCGCUAUGGAAACCGGCAGCUGUAGAGGGUGUGCGAAGAUUUGCUCCUACAAGAGUGCAACCUGUUGUAGUCGGAUUUUGUGGUACAUUUCAUGGAAAUGGAUUUGUCAAGCAAAUUGCUGGAGAUUUUGAAACAAGAAACGCCUUGCUUUUGUAUGUUGAAGGCAGCAGCAAUAAUUUCAUCUACAGUCUUUCUUUGAAUAAUGGCGCUGUUUUAUUUCGCUACAACAACACUGUGCUUCGUAGCGAUCGAUCCGAGUACGAUGAUGGUAAAUGGCAUAAUGUCAAAGUGUCGAGAACAUUGAAAAAUGCCUCUCUUCUUGUAACAUCACUGAACAAUGAUGGGAUAAAUGAUGACUAUGUUACCCAUAGUGGAGUAAUGCCCACAUAUUUGCCCAAUGCUCAUUAUGUCUAUUUUGGUGGGAACAAAGAAUCGAGGAACCAUUUUGCUGGCGGUCUAAAGCACAUCUCGCUUAGUUCAUCUGUUUACAAUACAUUGAAAAGCAGAAGUUUAGAUGAUAAAAAUUUCACAGCGGAAUCUAUUGGAGUCAAUUUAAAUAGCUGUCUGCAACAGGUUGAAAGUGGUCUCCAUUACUUCAAUGGUUACUCAGCAGUAAACAUAUCAACAAUGCAGUCCCUUGCAAUUAUAUUUAAAACAAACCAACCCAGUGGUCUUUUAGCUUAUUCCUAUAACCAGAAUAUAUAUUUAUAUGUUGCUUUGUUCCAUGGUAAUAUAUUUAUGGUCACUGGAAACGCAAGUAGCAAGUUUGUGCCUCUUCAAACAAGUACUGAGACAUUAAACGAUGGGGCUUUUCACACAGUCUCUAUCGAAGUCAAGACUUCCAGAAUUGAAUUGCAUGUAGAUGGAAGGAACUGGGGAUCACGUGAUGUGUAUGAAAUUGGUGCUUUGGCUCGAAUCUAUAUUGCAGGUGUUCCGUCCAAACCUUCAAUACUUGAUAAGAUGCCUAUACUAUCGUCGUUCGAAGGAGACAUUAAAAGGGUACUGAUCAAUGGUUUAGAAAUUCUUAAUGGAAGUUCCUCCCGUGUAUUCACCUCAGCUGAAAGUGUCGGUGUUUCUGCUGCUGGUGUGUCGGUGGCCACAAUCGUCGUUCCCACUGACUUACCCACAAAUACACCCGCUCCACCGACGUGCGGAGCGAGGUACCCUGAAAAAGUUUUCUCUGAGAAACACAAUGAGAUACAUCUUUCCGGCAUAGAUAGUGCAAUCGCACUUAAUUUGAAUAGAAGUCUUAUCAGCGAAAUGGCUGUAAGCUCUGUGAUAUCCAUAGAGUUUCGAGCACUUGCUCCAAAUGGCGUGUUAUUCGUGGUGGCAGACAAUCGUACUACACAGUUUGUAUCCUUAGAGUUAGUAGACGGAAAUCUUGUUUAUCGGUUCAACACUGGAAGUGGACUAGUGCGAAUGAGAACGACUGGAACGUACUCUUUUGGAGGUAUUUGGUACAAGGUUGAUCUUCUUCGUAUAAUGCAUUUUGGAGCGAUGGUGGUGAGACAAACCAAAGAGUAUCAUAACGCAACUGAUGGUCCGAAUGACGAGAAGCUGACUGUUAAUCAUGUAUUCAUUGGUGGUGUCAAUCCUCACAUUAUAAACACAUCCGUACUAGAGAAUCCGGAUGCUCCUAGUUUUUUUGGAUGUAUUCGAGACGUGGAAAUUGAAACAAAAUUCUCCAGCCAAAAGUUCAAUCUGAGUGGGGAUAUUAUACGGUCUUUGUCGAGAAAUCCAGGCCAUCCGGGUCAAUGCUAUGAUUAUGUACAACCUCAAGUCAGUUUUGAUGGUGAUGGAUUUGCUACUCUCAGUGGUAAAUAUGACCUGUCUCCUGGAAGUGAGUUGAGCAUAACAUUUCGGACGACAAAGAGAAACGGUUUGUUGUUCUAUGCGACAAAUGAGAAUUCAACUCAGUCUUUGACGAUAAAACAAGUGAAUGGACAGAUGCACGUGUUAUACGUCGACAACGUUGUCACAAGCAUAGUGAAAUGGAUCGACCCAUCUCUCAAGGAUCUCAGUAAUGUUAACAGUUCAUACGCUCUCUGUAAUAACGUAUAUCAUACGGUCAAUGUUAGACGACGAAAUAGAGUGUUAGAGCUGCGCCUGGAUAGGGAUUCUGUAGUAUCAACUAAUAUAACAGAAAAUGUUUUUAUUGCUACAGUUCAUAUCGGUGGUGUACCAGAUGGAGACGUAGAUACUCAACAUUUUGCUGGUUGCAUUCAAAGUAUACGUAUUAAUACGCAUGUGGUGGACAUGAAACACGGUGUUUUUAAUAGCACACGUAUGGAGUAUGGUUGUCGAGCUCCAAUAAAACCACAAGAGACUUACGCUGGACUGACAUUGUUCAGAGUGCAACUAUAAUCAUAAAUAACAAUACGCAACAAAGUGUGUGUAUUUUGGAGUGUAAGUACGCAACUGUCGAAAACACAUUCACAAGCCUUGUACAUAUUUUGUCAUGAUCACAUCAAUUUACAUCAAACAUUACGAAGAUAAUUAUUACGUGUGAGUCAAUUAAUAAUCAUUCUAUGUACGCCUUGAUACUAUUUA